GCCAUGGCCCAGGCUGGGCCGCUCCUCUCCGCGAUGGCCGCGCUGCUCGCCGCGACCGCUGCAGGCGGAGACGCCCCGCCCGGCAAAAUCGCGGUGGUUGGGGCCGGGAUCGGGGGCUCUGCCGUGGCCCAUUUCCUCCAGCAGCACUUCGGACCCCGGGUGCAGAUCGACGUGUAUGAGAAGGGGACCGUGGGCGGCCGCCUGGCCACCAUCUCGGUCAACAAGCAGCACUACGAGAGCGGAGCCGCCUCCUUCCACUCCCUGAGCCUGCACAUGCAGGACUUCGUCAAGCUCCUGGGGCUGAGGCACCGGCGCGAGGUGGUGGGCAGGAGCGCCAUCUUCGGCGGGGAGCACUUCGUGCUGGAGGAGACGGACUGGUACCUGCUGAACCUGCUCCGCCUCUGGUGGCGCUAUGGCAUCAGCUUCCUGAGACUGCAGAUGUGGGUGGAGGAGGUCAUGGAGAAGUUCAUGAGGAUCUAUAAGUACCAGGCGCACGGCUAUGCCUUCUCAGGCGUGGAGGAGCUGCUCUACUCGCUCGGGGAGUCUGCCUUCAUCAACAUGACCCAGCGCUCCGUGGCCGAGUCCCUGCUUCAGGUGGGUGUCACGCAGCGCUUUAUCGACGAUGUCGUCUCCGCCGUCCUGCGGGCCAGCUACGGCCAGUCAGCAGCGAUGCCAGCUUUUGCAGGAGCCAUGGCGUUAGCAGGGGCCCAAGGCAGCCUGUGGUCUGUAGAAGGAGGCAACAAGCUGGUUUGUUCUGGUUUGCUGAAGCUCACCAAGGCCAACGUGAUCCAUGCCACAGUGACUUCUGUGACCCUGCACAGUACAGAAGGAAGAGCCCUGUACCAGGUGGGGUAUGAGAAUGAGAUGGGCAGUGGCUCUGACUUCUAUGACAUUGUCAUCAUCGCUACUCCUCUGCACCUGGACAGCAGCAGUAGCAACUUCACCUUUGAAGGCUUCAACCCACCCAUCGCUGAUGUCCAGGGGUCUUUCCAGCCCACUGUUGUUUCCUUGGUGCAUGGCUACCUCAACUCUUCCUACUUUGGCUUCCCCGACCCUAAGCUUUUCCCCUUCGCCAACAUCCUCACCACAGAUUUCCCCAACUUCUUCUGCACUCUGGACAACAUCUGUCCCGUCAACAUCUCUGCCAGCUUCCGGCGGAAGCAGCCUCAGGAAGCAGCUGUUUGGCGAGUCCAGUCCCCCAAGCCCCUCUUUCGGACCCAACUGAAGACCCUCUUCCGUUCCUAUUACUCAGUGCAGACAGCGGAGUGGCAGGCCCACCCCCUGUAUGGCUCCCGCACCACCCUCCCAAGGUUCACACUCCAUGACCAACUCUUCUACCUCAAUGCCCUGGAGUGGGCAGCCAGCUCCGUGGAGGCGAUGGCUGUAGCUGCCAAGAACGUGGCCUUGCUGGCUUACAACCGCUGGUACCGGGACCUGGAUAAGAUUGACCAAAGGGAUUUGAUGCACAAGGUCAAGACUGAACUGUGAGGGCUCCAAGCAGAGCCUGAGAACUUCGUCCCCCAAUGGACAUGGCUCACGCCCCACAUCAGUCGGGCUACCAAGCCAUGCUUGCCCUCUUCCAUACGGUGUGGGUCCAGGUGGCCAGCUGUCUGUCUGUCUUGUGGAUUCUCACACCAGAUGCUUCUUUCUUUUUUAAGGAGGAGAAUCAGAAAUGGAAAGAAAACUCAAGCCAGUAUAUUUAUUUUUUUUAAGAGGAAGUAAAAAGUCCACCUUCUCAAGCUGCCUGUGACUUGGUUUCUGACUAGGAACCGGGGUGGUGAUAGGAGGGACUAUAAGGCAGGGAGGACUGAGUCUGUUUCCCACUUCCUGCUCCCAAAGUAGACAGUUGUUUGAGGCAUCUAAAACACAACUAGAUGGCUACAAAUACAGAGAAGAUGAGAAAACCUCAGAAGUGAUAACAGCCCUUACUUACGGCGGGCUCACGAGCUGUAAGAACCUAGUUCAGAACUUACUUAACGCCCUCUCCAAGCCUCUCAGCAACACUAUGUAUCAGAGGACACGAUUGGGAGGACCUAAGGAAGACAUGUUGACCCCAAUGGAGCCCUCGAUGUGCUCUGAGCUUCCUGGAAGCCAGUGGGAAGAGGGAAGUUUUGCUUGGCGCCUGGAGGAACUGGCCAUUCUGUUCUUCAUGCACGGGUUGAGGAUGGAUCUACCUUGCAAGGAAGACAAGUCCCCAAAUGAUGGACAGUAGUCACCCCCCAGCCCCCACAGAAGAACAGAAGACAGAGUGCUGGAGUGGAAUUCCUCAAAGGUCAACCUGGUACCCACUCUUGUGACACUCGCUUGGAAAGAGAAGAGGAUUAUGCUU